AUGCAAAACAAUUCCACAAGUAAUGAUGGCCCUGCCAAUUACAGUAAUGACUUUCCACUAUGCACGGAAAAAUUGUGCUCCUUUUUCUCUAUCGGAAUACUCAUCCCGCUGACUAUAAUUUGUCUUAUCAUAAUGAUUGCUGGGCUCAUUGGGAACACGAUUACUAUGCUUGUAAUCAAACGAUAUAAAGAAAUGAACACAACUACAAACUUCUACCUAUCCAGCAUGGCCGUGUCCGACAUGAUCAUUCUCCUCUGCUUGCCCUUUGACUUGUACAGUCUUUGGAGGUCUAGACCUUGGAUCUUUGGAGGAUUUCUUUGCAAAUUUUUAUACCUCAUUAGUGAAGGUUGUACAUACUCCACCAUUCUUCACAUCACAGCCUUGAGCAUUGAGAGAUACCUAGCUAUAUGUUUCCCUUUUAAAGCCAAAGUCUUCAUCACCAAGAAAAGGGUGAAGAUGGUCAUUGUUCUUCUGUGGGCCAUUGCACUGUCAUCUGCUGCUCCUCUUUAUAACCUGUUUGAGAUUGUGCAAAUAUACAACUACACCAAUUCCUCAAAAAUCAGCUGGGAGUGUAAAUAUACUAAGUACGCAAAGGAAUCUGGACUCCUUAAGAUCAUGAUGUGGGUGACAACUGUUUAUUUUUUCUUUCCUAUGUUAUGCCUUACUGUUCUCUACAGCUUUAUUGGUAAGAAGUUAUGGAAAAGAAAAAACACCCUCCGAGGUCCUAAUGCAGUGAACCGAGAAAAAUGUCACAGACAAACUGUCAAAAUUCUGGCUGUGGUCAUACUGGCUUUCAUAAUCUGCUGGCUGCCAUUUCACAUUGGAAGGAUCAUCUAUGCGAACACCAGUGACUACCGGAUGAUGAAAUUUUCACAGUAUUUCAACAUAGUCGCCAUGCCGCUCUUUUACCUGAGCGCUUCCAUCAACCCAAUCCUCUACAACUUCAUCUCGAAGAAAUAUAGGACUGCAGUCUACAAGCUUCUCCGACUAAGCACCUCGGACGAAAGGGCCUACAAUGUCAUCAAGGAUGAAACAGGAGGUCACACAGAGGACACGUGUAUCCAGAAUUAA